CGCAACAUUCCGUCGUCAAAUCGUGUCGCGGACGACAAGAAAUCAGUUCUGCCGGGUCGUCAAAGACGUUAGGUAGACAAAGACGACGACUAUAAAACGAUAUAAUAUUAUAAUAUAAUGUACGCCGAUAAAGGUUUGGCGGUACUGUUGCUGGCGCUCUCGGCUGCCGUAGCACACAAGGAGGGGUGGCCACGGAGCAAACAGGGACGGAUUUACCGACCGAACUUGGGCCCGAGGCGGCUGAUCCAACACGUGAUGAUGCACGAGGUACAGUGGGCGAAAGUGCUGAAAGAACAAGUCAAGGUGCUUGGCGCCCCACCGUACGGCGGAAGCUUGAACUAUGAAAACGAUGAUAAAGGGCCUAUGAUUCUGCUGCCUCCGGAACCGAAGUCGGUCGUCGAGCAAGGAGAUGACGAAAAAAAAGAAAUCGCUGGUGCGAUCGCGUCUUAUACCGUCCGCGUCAUCGUCGCCACAGUGGCCAGACAUUUCAUGAGCGUCGGGUCGUUCGUCGAGUACGCUGUAGAGGCCCUGCGGCUGGCGACUUCGUGCUACACGAUGAAGCAAUCGGUGUUGCAGAUCAGCACCAUUUCGAUGAUGAUGGUCAAGGAACAUAACGUGCUGGACGUGUUGGCUGCUCUCAUAGCGCUUAAAAAGAACAUGGUCGCGUACAUUGACCUGCUUGCUUUCUGGCCAAACGACAACAUUACUGUCCUAUACAACUUCUACUGGGAGGUGGUCGACAUCAUUCAGGACGAAAGGAUAACGUCGUUGAACCAAAUCAAUUAUACGGUAAAAAUGGCCUUCGAUUUGUUUGAAAAUACCGAAUAUCUCGAAAAUGUAAUCGAUGAGCAGUGCAGUGAUAUGACAUUGAGUGAAGACGAGUUUUUCCAAGAUAUUUUUGGCGUUGCCCCGAGGCCGCCGCUGAUUGUCGAUCCGUACAUAGAUUUUUUAGUGGACUUAAAAGAUCUGAAGCGCAUGGGCUUAAAACACAUGAAGCACAUGGACCGGUACGUCAAGAAGCUGAAAAUCAACACUAUGCCCUCCCGUUUGUGGUCGUCGGUGUUCUUAGUUAAAGGAUAUCUGGAAGAGACCAGAAGCGACCUAUCUGAAACCAUCACGGAAGUUGAGAAAGAGAUGAGUGAAGAGUACCCGAAAACAGCAGAAACAAUUUCCGGACCUUCUGUAGAUAGUCGUGCAAUGGAACCGUCACCCGAAGGAUCUGAAUCAGCAGAUACUACGCCAUAAAGUGUUUAUUGAUUAAUAAUAAUAAUCGAUAAGUUUGAUUUGUGUAGUAUAGAAUUAUUUUUAUCGAUGUGUUUAAGUAUUUUAAGUGUUCGAUACCUGUCUUGUCUAGGGUAUUCGUUUAUUAUCAGAGAUAUUUAUGUUUUUUCGAUUCUCAAUCAAUUAAUAUUUGAUCAUAUUUUACAAUAAUAUAAUAUAAUAGAAUAUAAUAUACAUUCCUAAUAAUAUAUAUACUUAUGUAAUGUAAUAAAUAAUAGACUUAAGAUAAUAUACUUUUAGUAAAUUAUUAUUAUUAAAAUGCCUGCAAAUUGUUUCUCUUACUCACACUGAUACAAAAGAUAGAUUUUUAUUUGUAUAUUUUUAAAUGUUUUUUCAUAUAUUUUAACAAUAAACACAAAUCUUUCAUGUCA